ACCUUGUGCAAAGUGAGUGAGAGGAAGGUAAAUGAGAGGCGAUAGGUUGAGAGUCGGUAGGGGAGUUAGGGUAUAUAUACCACCACACACCAACAUGAAGAAUCAUUGUAACUUGAGAAAGUUUGUAUCACCUUAUCACAGCACCUAGAUAGAUUGGUUUUAGGCAAGCUGUUCUUGAGUGUGCAUUAGUUCUGGAUACGAGAAUUGUACAUUUGCUCAAACACCAUCUGUCUACCAAGAAAAAACUUGAGAACGCUUCACCACACAAAAGGUUGAUGAACCGAAAAGAAGACAAUUCUAUCAUCAAGAAGUGUCUAGUAUAACAGGAGAUAAACAUUUGUCAUUAGCAGACUCAAGUUCUACAAGCAGACACUUAACUUGUGGUAUUCAGUUAUCGGCAGUACUACAGGGCCCCAUCUUUCUUAUUCUUCAUUUUCUUCUGAGGAGUUUAUCAGUCUCCAUAGCAACCAUGCAGCUAAGACAAGCAUCAUCGUCAUCACUCCUGCUCUGUGUACUGGUGCUGAUUGUCACCAAGAUGACGGAUGCCUGUUCCUGUAUGCCUGCUCACUAUCAAACACUAUUCUGCAGAGCUGAUGCUGUUAUCGAGGGAACGAUCAAGAGCACAUCGUUCAUCUAUGGCGACAACGCGGUCUCCAACAACGAUGUCUAUGGCUCUUCAAUGGACUACAGCUACGCGGAUCUCCUUCCUCCACUGGUUCUCCCUCGGUACCCUCUCUUCGUCGUCUACAACGUGACUAUCAAGGAGGUCUUCAAGGGGGAGGAGGAGUUGGUCGGCAUGACGACCGUAUCCGUGUCUAGCGCAGCAAACGGAGCAAUGUGCGGAGUAGCCGAUCUCCAGGAUGGAGAGGCCUACAUUUUGAGUGGUUUUGUAUGGGAUGGAGAGCUUAAUGUUGGUCUCUGCAGCAGUUGGGUCCAACCAGUCAACUCACUCUCAGUAUUCCAGAAGAGAGGACUCAAGCGUCUCUACGCAAAGUCAUGUGAUGACUGUCGGAUUUGUUCUGCAAAGUACGACAAUGACUGCCUGCCCACGGAGGGGUGCAUGGGGUCUUACGCAUCGCCUUGCGUCAGAAGGAACUCUGCAUGCAUCCGUAACAACAAGGGACGCUGCUCCUGGAAAAAUAGCAAGUACCUAAGGCUUUGCUGAGCAUCUCGUCAUCACCAGAUAAACCCAUUCAUCCCUUUGAAACUUUAUUCUUAGAGACCGUUCACACGACAGGAAAGUUAUACCAAAUUUGUAUGAAGAAAUAUAUAAAGAAACAUUGUAUAGCGAAAGGGACACUCACACAUGAUAAGAGUAUCAUACAAAGAAUUGUUGUAUAAAGAAUCUAGAUUUGAAAAGAUUGUAUUUUAGAGUCAGCUCAGAUGACACUUGGCCAAUCAUUGGUUCACACUCAUGAUAACCCUCAGCUAGUUAUAUGGUUUUCACUCCAUGUAUUGUUGCGAUUAGAAAGAGACCCUGAUUUUUCUUGACAUAAUGCUCGAAUGUCUGUUUCGCUAUACAAUGUUUUUAUCAUACAAUGUUGUAUUAUAUGAUGUCUGAACUAUGAAA